CCAGUCAACAUGUUUGGGCCAUUUGGGCCACCAUACUUGUUGUGUUUGUUUGUGUCGAAGCAAAGAUGGCGAACGAACUGGACAGAGUGCGGAUCUCAGCUGCGGAACUCCGAGCUGAAGCAUCGAGUGCUGUUAAUAUUACAGACUGUCAGAAAGAGAAGCAACAUGUACACAAGCAGCGUAGAAGACAUGAAGGAAAGCGCCCUGAUGUGCAGCGCUACCAGCCAGUAGCUGGUCAUGUGCUCCAUCAUCAUGGCAAUGAGGAGGGUGAAACUGGUCAAAGUGAUCCCCUAACCACUUAUUCGCAGGAGCAUAAUCAACCAUCACAGAGUGAGAAAAAGGGUACCUCUGUAAAGGUUUUAGAAAGGUAUGGGUGCAUAGAUGGUGGGCCAGAUGCCAACAGAAUGGAAGAAGGCAGGAUUAGAGGUGAUUGUAGUAACACAAAGAACUGUAGAAAGAGCAGUCAGUCACAGGCUAAAACAGAAGAAAAUCAAGAAAACCACUUUGCUGAAAAUGGCAGAGAACACCAGGAACCUGCUGGAGCUGCUAAGCAGGCAAAGAAAGCCCGCAAACCUGACCGAGAAUUUUAUCAACCCGGUAGCCGGAGGAACAUCCAGGGCAGGGACUGUGGAGUUGAAAGAGAGCAGGAUAAACCUUCCCCUAGCAAGCAUGAGUGGAAAACUGAGCCACAGUCUCAGCUGAACACAGGGGGAGUUGAGGAAAACAAAAAAACAUCUAUACAGAAGCAGGGAGAGAAAGAAAAAGGUGUAAAGGGGCAGGUAAGUGAAAAAUUGUCUAAAUCCAGUAAGACCAACAGAAAGCAAGAAAGCCAAGAUGUGGACAAACCCCCAUUAUCUUCUGAUGCUUUGGUGGAGAAAAUUACCAGCAAAGUAGAAGAACUUAGCAUGAAUGACAAGCAUAAAGUGGUAUGUGAAAACCAAGAUGUGAGCAAGUUAAGUUACAGGAAAGGGGAAGCAACAGAUAAAGGAAGACGAGGACAAGGAGGAAGAGCAAUAGAUGAGGAGGAAAAGGUAGAGAAGAGGAGGGAAAGGGGAAACCGCAGGAGAAGAGGACAAGUGAAGGAGAAAGAGAGGCAUCAGGAUUCCAGUAGAGGAGAAGAUGAAGUAGUUAGUAGAGGAAAAAGUAACCAGGGGAAAGCUGAGAAAGGACAGGAGAGGAGAGGAGCAGAAGCAGGUGAAGAUGACAAACCAGGUAAGGCAGGACUAACACACCAAAGCAAAGGCAGAGAGAAUCGCAGAGAAAUUAGAAGAGGAGACAUCAACAGAAACAGGUCCAGAGAGGCUGGUGAAGACGCUAAGACAGAAAUAAACAUAGUCCACACUGUAGAAAGAGGUGAUAGAAACAAAUCUAAUACUAACAUCACAACACCAACCUCAAAACGAUAUUCCAAAUCAGAUAUUCGCCGCUCACGGAACCGAACUUACAGCAGUAGCUCAGCCAGCAGUGUGACCAGCCUGGAUGGUCCUGGACUAAGAAUGGACGUGGAAAGUACCAAGUGGCCACACUUGGAGACAAGGCACAAUAACAGAGAGCGGAUAGCUAACAGUGGAGAAGGACAAAGGAGUCAUAUACCAAGCUGGGCAACCAACGGAAACUCAUCUACAGAAUCACUGGAAGGGAGUGAGAUGAGUGACAUAGCAGAAGAGAGGAGGAAAAGAAGAGAAUGGGAGGAAGAGUUAAGUGCAGAGAGGCAGAAGAAAGAAAGGAAUAGACCAAAGGGAAACAACAGUAGAGGUUCAGGAAUCCUAAGGGUUUCUCUAGAUAAACAGUCGGGUAUCUCAUCACAUAGUGGGGAUGCACAAUAUCGCAAGCAAGGCUUGGUUCGUGGCAGAGGUGGAGGUAUCCUAGUACUUCCAUCACGCACAGACAUCACUAAUUCACCUGAUGCUGGGCAAAGACUUCUUUUUGGUGGAAUUAGGGGAGGGGCAGCUAGCAGGAGUAGAGGGAGCAGAGGAGGAGGAGCGAGGCGACUUUGGGACCCCAAUAACCCAGACCAGAAACCUGCUCUUAUCAGCACCCAGUCCUCACAACAUUCAUCUCUCCAGGUGCCUGUAUAUCUUCAGACAGGCAGUGGAUAUGGACAGCUCCACUUUCUGGACACAGAUGAUGAGGUUUCAGGCAGUCCUCCAGUCCCACAGGGUGAGCACUUUCGGUCCCAGCAGGCUGCUGCAAUGGCCUUCUACAAAUUCCAAAACUCUGACAACCCCUACAGCUACUCCAUGCCCAUUAGCAAUCCACAAAAUCCUGGCACCGCCACUAGCCAGCACUAUCCAUAUCCUUAUCAUAUGGGGCCCUACCAAGUGGCUCCCCAUAAUGGUAUGUACCCAGGCGCUGGUGUGGGUCAGUUCUGUGGGAGUUACAGGGGAACAGGUCAUUCUCAGCCAGGUGCAGGAGGUGGUUUGACAUUUGAAGAGGUGGAGCAACAAGCCAGAGGAGAGCUAGGGAGGCUGCUGCGGGCUGCAGAUGCACAGGAGCUUCAGCUCAGUAACCUGCUGUCCAGGGACAAAGUGAGUGCUGAUGGACAAGAGCGUAUGGCUCAGCUCAGAGCGGACCUUUUAGGGCUGUAUGAGCAGGUCAUCCUAGCAGACAUUGAAUUCUCAGACUCUCAGAACGUGGAUCAGGCUUUGUGGAAAAACGUCUUUUAUCAGGUCAUAGAGCACUUCCGGCAGUUACUCAAGGACCCCGCUUAUGAUAACACCCCUCAUAUCAGGAACAUGCUGCUCACACUUCUCGAUGAGGGAGCACUAUUCUUUGAUACACUUCUUCAGAAGCUGCAAAAAGUGUACCAGUUUAAGUUAGAAGAUUACAUGGAUGGCAUGGCUAUCAGGGCUCGGUCAUUACGCAAAACGGUAAAGUAUGCACUGAUCAGUGCUCAGCGCUGUAUGAUUUGUCAGGGAGAUAUAGCACGUUACCGUGAGCAAGCCAGUGACUCGGCUAACUAUGGCAAGGCUCGCAGCUGGUACCUGAAAGCCCAACAGAUUGCCCCCAAAAAUGGACGUCCAUAUAACCAGCUGGCCCUGCUCGCAGUUUAUACAAAGCGGAAGUUGGAUGCUGUGUAUUAUUACAUGCGCAGCUUGGCAGCCUCCAACCCCAUCCUGACUGCAAAGGAAAGCCUGAUGAGUCUGUUUGAGGAAGCUAAGCGUAAGGCAGAGCAACUUGAACGGAGGAGGAGGCAGGAGCAUGAUGGAGGCUACAGGGGUCCAGCUGUAAGAGGGAGAGGAAGAGGGGAAAAAGGAGUGCGUGUUGAGAUUUGGAUUCGCCCCAGCGGACAGGCAGUGAUCCCGUCUUCACAAAGAGGAGGUAGUGAGUCCAGCAGAGACUCCGAACAGGAUGGAGAGCUUGGAAGUCUCAGCGCUAGUGACCUAAAUAAGAGGUUCAUUCUGAGUUUCCUGCAUGCACAUGGAAAGCUCUUCACUAAAGUGGGUAUGGAAUCCUUCCCUGCGGUAGCAAGCCGUGUUCUGCAGGAGUUUAGGACACUGCUCCAGCAUAUCCCUUCCCCACUGGGCAGCUCGCACAUGCUGCAGAUCAUCACCAUCAACAUGUUCACCAUACACAAUGCCCAAAGCAGAGGUGAAGAAGGCGAAGUGCGCUCUGUUUUGCAAGAGCAAACCACUGCCCUGGGUCUCAGCAUGUUUGCAUUGCUGGUGCAGCGCUGCACAGAGCUUCUCAGAGAUACUCCUGCAGAACCAGUCCCCAUGGCAGAGGGAGAGGAGAAAGGUCAAGGGGAGGAGGGUGAGGGUAUGGUGAAGGUCUCUACCUUCCCAUUGGCCCUUAGGGAACUACUGCCAGGCAUCAAGGUCUGGUCUGACUGGAUGUUGGGACACCCAGACCAGUGGAACCCACCGCCAUGCGGUAUAGAUGGCAGCCCUGAUGUUUGGCAGUGCCUAGCUGACCUUUGUAACGUGCUGGCGCGUGUAGACCAUGGAGAAGUGCCACUGUACAAAGUUGACACUGAUGAAGGUGAGGGAGACGAGGAGUUGAUGGUGCUGCAGUUGAAGGAGGACAGACUGCUUGCCGGUUUUGUACCGCUGUUGGCUGCACCUCAGGAGCCGUGUUACACAGACAAACACACUGACAUAGCAAUAGCAGCAGAUUGUAAGAGAGUGACCGUGCUGAAAUACUUUCUGGAGGCUUUGUGUGGACAGGAAGAGCCUCUGCUGGCCUUCAAGGGAGGCAAAUACAUCUCUGUGGCAACUUCUCCUCCACCUAACCACUCAAUGGAUACAAGAAACAGGCAGGAUUCUCUCACAGAGAAGGAGGAUGACGACGUUAUAGUUGAGGCAGAGUCAUCUCUCUCUGCAUCAGAAGGAGAGGAGGAUGCCGAGGAGGCAGGAGACAGUGAGAAUGACAUCAGACAGCUAAAGGCACGACGCCAUGCCCUGGCCAACAAACUGGCACAGCAGCAGAAGCGCAGGGAUAAAAUACAGGCGGUGCUGCAGACAGGCGGGCAGUUGGAGCUGGAAGUGCGGCCUUCCUUUUUGGUUCCAGAUACCAAUGGAUUCAUUGAUCACUUGGGAGGACUGAAGAAACUUCUUCAGUGUGGAACCUAUAUAAUAGUUGUGCCGCUCAUCGUGAUUACAGAGUUAGAUGGCUUGGCUAAAGGCCAGGACAGCUUUGGUGGUGGAGUGGGCUCAGGGGUACGUGGCACUAGCGGCCGUGGCAACUGUAUUGCUUCUGUGGCUCAUGUGAGAGCUGUGCAGGAAAAGGCCCGAUUGGCAGUGGCUUUCUUAGAGAAAGGAUUUGAAGCCAGGGAACCAUGCCUCAGAGCCAUGACAAGCAGAGGAAAUCAACUCGAUUCUAUUGCAUUCCGCAGUGAAGACACCUCUGGACAACAGGGCAACAAUGAUGAUGUGAUUCUGUCCUGCUGUCUUCAUUACUGCAAAGACAAGGCAAAAGAUUUCAUGCCUGAUCAGAGAAAUGGGACAGUGAAGCUCCAAAGAGAGGUGGUGCUCCUUACAGAUGACCGCAACCUGCGUGUCAAAGCUUUGACCCGCAACGUCCCAGUCCGAGACAUCCCUGCUUUCCUCAGCUGGGCCAAAGUAGGCUGAACCAGGUCAAGAUAAAAUCAAAGGAACCCAACUGCUGAAGCCUGCUUGUCACUCAGCCAGAGGAGAAGACACACUUAAGCAGAGGAAGAAGAAAAGGAGGUAACAGGGAAGAAGAAAUGAUAAAGAAAGCGAAGAACCACUUCUUUUGAAAUGCAAGCAAAUCUAGUGAGAUUGGAGUGGUUUCAGUGAUCCUUUCUCCCUUGUGAUGAAGUGCGUGUGUGUGUAUGUAUGUGUUAAGAUCAGUGAGCUUCCCCAGGAAGAGACAGGGAGACUUGUUAAGUCUCUGGAAUGCUGGACUGGAAGAGAGGAAGGAGGUAAAAAUGGAGCAGUUUGGUUUGUAAGUUGUCUCAUCCAGCCUGGAGCCUCUUUGCCUAUUUAGUGAGUGUGUACUCUGCAAGCAGUAUUAAAAUUGGAGGCUGAUGAUGGAAUGAGCCUGAGAGGAGGAGAGUGUUUAUGGACAUUUAAUUGAUUAAAGACAGCAGUAAUGAAGGCCUAGCUGGCCCAGUCUUAUAGACUGCUGUGAUGUCUACAGCAGAGCUGAAAGAAAGGUGGGCAGAGAGAAGCACAGCUGCAGGCUCAGUGAUAGUACAGUACAGAGUGUCUGAUUGUAGAGAGGGAUAAUCAAGAGCUCUCUUGCAACCUUGGCAUCUCCUAGGAAUCACAAGCAAAUGUGGUAUUUCCUGCUAACCCAGGAAACGCCUGAUUCCUGUUUGGUAACUUGAGCUGUUCCUCCGGCCUGAUGCUGACAUUAGGUUCAGCUAUUACGAAGAAUGUUCUUAAAAAUUAGUAACAAAAAUAUCGGUUUAUUUUUCUGUUGUUUUAUUAUUAUUAUUUUAAAUCCUUUUGCUUCUUGAUGGCAUUUUUUCCAUUUUGAAGAUUCUGAUAAGAUCUAAAAUGUUUUCCCAAAAAUACCAUGAACCAUAAUUUAUUGAAUCAAAUUUUUGAGUUUUAAUAUCUGGCAGCAAAUGUAUUUGUAAUUAAUCAUUCAGUUGUGUGUUUGAGCGGUAUAACGUGUGAAAUUUAAUAUAUCAGGACUUCUCAAUUGGUCUAUGGUAAGUUUUCAGUUCCAUAAAAUUGCCCUAUAUUGACAAUCUUAUCGGAUUUUGUCCUUUGAGUACAAUUCCAUCUGUCACUUAAAACAGUGUGAAACAAAAAUUUGCAUACACUAUUUGACCGAGGUCAGCUUUAAGUGGUUUGGUAGUUUAGUGACUUUGCAGAUACUUUAUUAUUGAGUACAAUUGGUGACUGUUUCACUUUAUUUUCUAUUCAUCUUUAUACCAGUCUGGUUUGUGCUUUUUAGUUCAUAUCACCAUAGUAGUUAGUUUUUAUAAAAUGUUUUUAAUCACCAUUACCCAGUUUUUUCCCCUAACGGCACUAAUUACAGACUGUAAAUUUGCCAUUGAGUGCAAAGAACACCUCACUGACGCAUCAUCAAAAACACCGAAAGGCAGUGUUUGUGUUCACAAUUUUGCUUGGUCUACAUUGCUCAGGAGAUUUUCCUUUGUCAGUGUAUAUGUUUGCAUUUAAGACGUGUCAGGAUGCUCAAAAAAUAUGUCUAAAUACAGUGUCAUCUGCUAUGUUACCAGAUAAUUCAUCAGUUUCUCAUCUUAUGGGUUUAAAGUAAUACUGUAGAAGUGGCUAUCCUGCUUCUUGUUUGAUCUAUAUCUUUUCAGCUAGGCUUGUACAACUUCAUCAGCAGUUGAUGUUUCUGCAUUCCUCUGUAGUGUUCAGUGCAGUGGCACCACUGCAGCUUUUUUAAUGCUGGAUCAAAUGUAGUAAACAUAACACAAGUGGCUUUUACGUCAUCUGUCAUUAAAGAUGUCUGAAGGCA